UGGCUACCCUUCCAACUCUCUUUCUACACGCCAGAUACGGGCGGAACUCGUCAGCACAUUGACCUCAUGUGGUCUCCUGCUCUGACGACACAUGGGCUGUGUAGGUCCAGCUGCAACCACUCCGGCCCCUGGCCCAAUGGACGACUUCCAACAGCCUUAUCGCGCGCCGUGCCCGAUGACGAUGCUCGAUCUUUCUCUGCCUCGACAGUCCGCCCCGAACCCGCCUUCGGUCGUCCGUGAACUCGGCUCCACAGUUUUUCAGAGCGGCUUCGAACUAGAAGACCUGAUGUCCAUCGUGACGAGUGAAGAGAACGAUUGGACAACGUCGCCUCAGGACUUCUUCAAAGCUGCGCCUAUCAAUGUGGAAAGAUACACUAGCUCCGACAGGCGGUCCGUUUUAAUUGGGAGGAUUGCGCUCAGAUUGAGAACCGGGGAGUUGUAUCGAUGUCGACAGACAUGGGGACAACGAGGAAAGACAGCCUUUAUGGAAUGUCUGAGGAAAUGCGAGCCCGAGCAUGGGCUGUCUGGGAUUGACUUUAAUAAAUGGAUGAAAUUUGGAGGAACUACAGACAUCAUCGCCGGAAAAUGCAUCGUUGGUACCAUUGUGGCGAGCUGUCUGUCAUCGCGGCCAGAUUUCUUGUAUCGUACGGUCCCCCGAGAUGAAAAGCAUAUCGCCCACUGUCAGUUCCUCAGAGAUCUCUGUACGCCAGAAAUCGAAAUGCUUUCAAAUCGAUUUGCAGACCUCGAACAAGCCUUGGUAAAAUGGAUUCGCGAUAGAUACAGUGGCCUCAGGAAACAGAAAAAGAAAGCCCCUCAAUACGACAAGCUGCAAGACUUCUCGGUCAACCUUCGCAGCCCUCAGCAAUCUCUUUAUCCCGGCUCUGGAUGUGGUCUAUGUCCGGCCGAGUUGGGCCAUUUUCCAGACUGCACACUCCACAGCAUAGGCCAGAACUAUCCCAACCCUGCAUCCACGUUUAGGGCCUCAGACUUUAGAUCUCCUGGCGAUGCAAUAGGAAUCGAUAGUCAAUGCGGCAACCCCCAAAGCGGGCAUCCAGCCGUUGCGUCACAAACUCUUACGCAAGCUUCAACACACCCGUGUCAGUCCUUUUCUUCAUGGACCUUCAAAGGAAGCCGGACUGUAUCAGCGGAACAUUCAUUCGUCAACUCGACACGCAUGUUCUUGCAGCGACGGACAAUCAGCAGUGAAGGUUCUCCCAUCAAGCCGAGAACCCGUACUUCCCUAGUCAACACUCGAUGUGCUACGGCGGCCCCGUUCGCCGACAACGAAUUCAUUUUCCGGCUCAAUGGUCAUGGCGGCCCGGGAUUCUUCUCCAAUCCGCAUUCACCGUCUCCACCUGAAGCUCUGUUGGUUUCUGAGAAUCUGUUCCAUACUAUCAAGGCAUAUUUCGAAAACUCCUGUCGACAUGUGAAUUUCGAUGUCCAUGGGAACCUCCUCGCCCCAAAUGGCGCCGAGUUGGAUAAUGCCCUAUGCAACGAUUUCGACUCGUACUGCUUUACUGCUGCCAUGCUAAUGGGAAAGGGGUUGUCCGCCGAGUCUCGACGCGCACUUUCCAAAGCCUGUGCCCUCGUCAAACAAAUACUUCGAGCCGAGCAUCCUCGAACCCUCGCCUGCUUUCUCGAAGUGUUCAUCCACCUCAUACAAACCGGGCUCCCUAUGGUCACUUCCUACCUCUGUAAUUACAUCAAGAGAAUGUCCGCAACAGUCAUCAGAAGGGGGCAUCCUUGUGGUAAAAUAUAUGAGCUCCUUGGCGACCUGGACUCGAACUCUCUCGAACAGGCCUUGGCGCAAGUUUGGAAAUGCACUACUGAUAUCUUUGAUAGCGAACUCGGAGAGUGUAAUCGACUCGCUGUGUCUGCUCGUCUCGACUACAUAAAGCGCGUCGUUCCAAAUCAUCAUGAAGAAGAACGGCUUCUUCGGGAUCUUCUUGCUCGGUUCGGAGGCAUUCCUAGACUUCCCACUCCGCGAGUGAUGCUCAACCUCGCCCACAAUUUCAACAAACAGGGACGCCAUGACGAAGCGGAGGCGAUGGCGAUGGAAGUCCUUCUGCUGCUUCAAGGAUAUGAGAUGUAUAAUUCGAGACAUGUCGAGAGGAUUGAAUCUUUGAAAAUCGUUUCUCGCAGUCAGUUUGACCAAGGGAAGACUACGGAAGCGGAACAGACCAUGCAAGAGGUAAUACAGAUGAUCGUGGAUCGGUGGGGAAUGCAACAUGCUUGGGUCCCUGAAUUCAUGAAUGUUUUGGAGGGCUGGCUUCGAGACUGGGGCCGGGAGGAGGACGCCGACAAACUACGGGGGGAAAUAACAGAGUUAAUCGGGAAGGAUGAAACUGAUGUGGAGCUUAAUAUGGUACAAGACUAGCUUUGAGACGAUAUC